CAGAGAUUAUUGGGAAGGCAGGGCCGUCCGCCAAGAGAGAGAGAGAGAGCUGAGACAAAAUGCCGGCGACUACAAAGAGCUGGCAGCAUCUCCAACGAAUCUCCCUCCUUGCAUUCAUCGUACGGCCCCACACCCACACCAUUUCUCUCUCCAUGCACAAUAGAGGGAGAAGGGCAAGCAACACCUCCUUGGCUUAAACAAGAGCAGAGGCACAGGGAGCAGCCAUGGCUGAAGAGACAGAACUGCCUUUCGCCACCACUAGCGGCGGCUACUGUGAAACCACCGGCGUCUACCGCUCCCUCCACCACCUCACCCACCUUCAACGCAUCCCCACUGUCCUUUCUAUCCACACCGCUUCCUUUAUCCUCUCUCAUAUGCCCACCCACCAGUCCAACCCAGCAAUCAUCGACUCGGCCUCAGACACCCGGGUGUCGUAUUUGGAACUCCGCCACUCGGCCUUGUCUCUCGCUGCUGGCCUCCACCAUGCCCUCGGCGUAUGCAAGGGGGAUAUCGUCCUCCUCCUCUCCCCAAACACCGUACUCUACCCUGUCAUGUGCCUGGCAGUCCUGGCCAUUGGUGCCAUCCUCUCCCCCGCUAAUCCCCUUAACACUGCUGAGGAGCUCUCCAAGCAAAUUGCGAGCUCUGGCUCCAGACUCGUCAUCUCGGUUCCAGAGGAGGAACACAAAUUCUGGUCAUCUGGUAUCCCCAUUCUCCUCACAAAAAAUGAUGCUGAGCACCGCACAGAGCUCACGGUGGAAGAGCUCAUCCGGUGCUGUGACCCGGCAGAAGCGCCAGAGGCAGGCGUGACACAAUCUCACACAGCUGCUCUACUCUACUCCUCGGGCACCACCGGGACCAGCAAGGGAGUUGUCCUCACCCACGCCAACCUCAUCUCCACCAUCUCCCUUCUCCGAUGGACUGUGCAAGUCAAGGGCUCCGGCUCUUCAGGAGUGCACCUCGACAUCAUCCCCAUGUUCCAUGUCUAUGGCCUCAUGUUCUUUGGCCUGGGGCUUUUCUCCCUCGGUGCCACUGUGGUGCUCCUCCCCAAGUUCGACUUCCACACCAUGCUAAAAGCUGUGGAUCGAUACAAGGUGACCGACAUCCCGGCAGUGCCACCCGUUGUCCUUGCACUCUCAAAGGUUUCACAAACAACUAAAGCUCAGUACGACCUAUCGUCGCUGAGGCGGGUGACUUCAGGAGCUGCACCUCUCAGCGACGAAGUAAUGGAGGGGUUCAGGGAGAGGUUUCCUGACGUCGAGAUCACGCAGGGCUAUGGCCUCACUGAGAGUUGCGGAGCAACCUCCUUUACCGUAAAAGAGGAGGAGGUGAGGUAUCGGCCGGGUUCAGUCGGGCAACUGUUGCCGGAGUUUUGCGCAAAGGUGGUGGAUGUGGAGAGCAAACUGCCCUUGCCACCGAGUCGGAGGGGGGAGCUGUGGUUGAAGAGUCCGACGGUGAUGAAGGGGUAUCUGGACAACGAGGACGCUACAAAAGAAACUGUGGUUCAGAAGGGGUGGCUCAGAACUGGUGAUUUGUGUUACAUGGAUGACGAUGGGUUCCUCUACAUUGUGGAUCGCCUCAAGGAGCUCAUCAAAUAUAAUGGUUUCCAGGUAGCACCAGCCGAGUUGGAAGCCAUAAUCCAGGCUCAUCCGGAGGUUUUAGAUGCAGCAGUCGUACCUGUUGCUGAUAAGGAAACGGGGCAGAUACCAAUGGCGUACGUUGUGAGAGCAAUUGAUUCGCAUUUAACAGAGGAGCAAAUGAUGUCUUUCGUUGCAGCAAAGGUUGCCCCAUACAAGAAGGUGAGAAAGGUAAAAUUCAUAAAUUCUAUUCCCCGGUCUGCAGCAGGAAAGAUCCUAAGGAAGCAACUACUCAUGCCUGUCUCCAUGUUAUGACUUCCUUGGUCAGGUUAAGAACUAAUAUGUGGUUUGGAGACCUAAACUCAGGUAUGUAAGGGACUUACUGCAUGGAGAUUAAGACAAAUCUUACGGAUUAAUAAAGCAUAUUUACUUACAAAA